AUGUCGGCCCCAAAGUCUCUUGAGUCUUCGCCGCCCACGCCAUGUCCUAUCCAAAUCGCCACCCUCGAGCGUCGCAUCGCUGAACUUGAGCAAGACAAAGUGCACCUCGCAGAAGCAGUGUCCGAGUCUAGCCAACGCGUCGCCGAAGCUGUGAAAAGCACAGCUGCUGCUGAAGCCGAGACUGCAGCAGCGAAGCAGCGCGCCCAAACACGCUACACGGAGAGGCUACAUGCCAACAACGAGGCGAGAAAUCUCCAAGACGCGAUGAAGGAGCAGGCCUUCCAACAUAAAGAUUUUUCGAUCAAGGCCAAUAGACGGAUCAGUUGUCUCGAGGUCAGAAUCGCGCAUCUUGAAACUGAAGUAUCCAUCAAAGACGCUAAGAUUCAAGAGUUGGAAGAGGAACUUCGCAAAAUCCACACUGGCUCUCUAGCUAAUCAACGAGAGGACGUUAACAUGAAGACACAACCUGACAAGAUCGUUGAGGACCUCAAGAACAAGAUCAUAGGACUGGAGGUGUCUCUUGCCAAAGCAGAGCAGGACAAGGAGCAAGCUAUGAAAGACAAAGAUGCGAUGGCAAAUUCACAGGCCAAGUUUGAAACGGAGCAAGCCCAUUUCAAGAGCCGAGAGAUGGCGCUGAUGCAAACUAAUCAGAUAAAGCUCCAGGACGCCGAAUUGAAUUGGCGUUCCAGAUUAGAUAUCAUUGCGAAGGAAUUGAAAGAAGCGAAGAGGGAGGCCGAGGAUGCCAAGCAUAAAUUGCGGGUGGCGACUCGUACGAUGCAGAACACCCCUCAGACGCCUGGCGUACAGCAACAGCAGCAGCAGCUUCAGACUUCCAAAUUUGACAAGAAAAGAAGAUUCAGUCCGAAUGGGAACGCUGAAGCUACUGCGGCCGCUUUUCAACGUGCAUGUAACCAGUCUCUCCUCUUGAAUUGUUUUGGUAUGGGAUCAAAUCUGCUCGCAGGACCGAGCGGAGGUACACCGAGGACUGAAGCUCCGCCCGUACCAAGGCAGCCCAUGAGUAUGGCACAGAAUACUGGAUACCAGCAGUACCCAUCCGUAAGUUUCGAUAGUUCGGCUUGCCAAAGUCCACCUAUUCCGAUCGCACAACAACAAUACUUUCCAGGCCAUGGCCCGUCUCCCGUCCAACAGCAUGGCAUGCAGAUGCAACCUGGAUGUCCAAUGGGACAACAGCAACCCAUAGGUCCCCUGUCGUCUCAGCAGCAGCAGCCAGGUCUUGUACAGAAUGCGAGAUUGAACAAUGCUGGGUCGCCGACUGAGACUCACUCAAACCAUGGUAUCAAUGUAAAUUUGGCUGUCAAUACCGGUAACGUACAGCAGCCUCACCACAGCAUGGUACAGCAACCUCCACCUUCCUUCAUGCCCAGCCAUAUGCACCAAUCGAACAGCACGAACGCGUCGUUUUUCCCGAACGCGCAGGGUAACAUCACUCCAUCUACUUAUGGCAACGAUUUCUUUGCUGCAGAAUCAAGCAACGUGGCGCCAAGCAACAUCGACUAUUUCCAUAAAUAA